UACGUACUCAUCACAUGACUCUUCUCAGUUUUUGUCUUCAGAAUGUUGGUUUUAUUUGGUACGUAGAUUCUAUUGACGGUUGGGGGUCUGAAGAUUUUAUCCAGAAUAAGUCGGACAAGGCAGCAGGUCUGCGGCCUACCGUGGAGAUUUGGAGAAUUUUGAUUGUCGUGUUGUGCCAAGCUGGCAACGUUCCUUUGGGUUUUGGUUUGUUUGGAAAAAUAAUAGAUUCGGGAAGUUUGCCGACUGUUGUGACGUAUACGUUUCUUAUUAAAGGGCUCCUAAAAGCUCGAAUGUUGAGCGAAGCGAUUGGUGUUUGGGAUAUUAUGGUCAUUGCCUCCGUUGCCGUCGACCGCCGCCUCGCCGCCCUCGACACGAAGCUAUAUUGAUGUGUUGAUGUGUUUGUAAUGUACGAGUGUGUUGAUGUGUUUGUAAUGUAUGCGGGCGAUUAGUGAGAUGUAAUUCACAUGAUGAGGUGAUGAAGUUUUUUUAAGAACUGGUUUUAUUUGGAUGCUAUAUUUAUUUAUUUUUGCAUAA